GUGUCCCUGCCCUCUGCAUCCAGCUGUUCCUGCGCUCCACAGAGCGCCACAUGUACUAUGGCUUCAGUCGCAAGCAGGGCGCUUUUGGCGCUAUUCUUUACGUUUUGCGCCCCACAAUGCGGAUGGACAGCAGAGAAACAUCUGCGGCCUCAAAGCGGGAAACAGACAGCUGUGGACAAAGUCUUUGGGGAGAGCUGGGAGCCUUCAGUCCUUCUGGAUGGAAGACCCGUGGACCGCUUCGUCUUCAAUAAACCCACCAGGUCCCACCCCUUAACUAAAGUGAGCAAGGACAGCAGCCCACAUCCAAUGCAGGACGUAGACCCAGAGUGGAUUAACCUGGAUGGGUUUGCUGUGUUGGGUCAUGCACCUGUCAACAACUCAUCAACAGGUUUUGUCAGGUCCUCACAAACCACAGUCGGAAACAACUCUGCUGCGGGGCGGAAAAUCAGGGUGGACAGAACGACUCAGUCUGCGGGUGUGGCCUACACCAGGACCCACAGGAGGGCGCCUCAGUCCUCCUCAGGUCCAAGGCAGCCUGAGAGAGCUUUGUCAGGAACCCCACUGUUAGAGAGAAGAUGGCAAGACCGAACCAAGCCUCAGGCUGACCAGAGAAACCGACAAACACCAAAACUCACAUCUGAGUCCGUUCAUGUGGUGUCACUGCAGGCACAAAAGGCCCAUGGCCAGAGCCUACCUAACAACAGAGCAGCUACAGCCAAAACCUCCCCACCAGAGCCCCCUGAAUAUGAGGCCCGGGACAUCAGUGUCAGGGUCAUGUCUCCAAAGUCAGUCCUCAUUUCCUGGGUUGACCCUGCUGUUGAAAUGGGGAAAGUUGCCCCUGGGGCAUCCAGAUCAUACACAGUCAAGUUCAGGGAGAAGGGAGAGUCAGCACGCUGGGAGUACAAGGAAAGCAUCCAGAGGAGAAUGAUGAUAGACACCCUGUCUGCUGACGGCAUGUACGAGUUCUCUGUCAGAAUCUCUCAAGGAGAAAAACAGGGCAAAUGGAGCGUUUCCGUCUUUCAGAGGACUCCUGAGUCGGCACCAUCUGGGCCACCUGAAAGUUUUGAAGUCAAGCCACUAAGAGGAAAAGGAACUGCUGUGAUUGCAACUUGGGAUCCUCCAGAAGAACCAAAUGGAAGGAUAGGAGAGUAUAUUCUGUCUUAUGCCCCUGCUAUGAAACCAUUUGGGAUGAAAAGCUUAACAUACCGUGGGGGUACCACCACAGCCACUAUUGAUGGCCUGACACCAGGAGAGCGUUACAUUUUCAAGAUCCGAGCCACCAACAGAAGAGGAAUGGGACCACAGAGCAAGGCCUUCAGUGUUGCCAUGCCACGGUCCAGCAGCCCUGGCUCUCCACUUUCAAAAACCAAGGACAGCCAGAAAACCAGUCAUACAACAAUCAAACAGGAUAUUGAUGAGAAAUCUGGCCUCAAACCCACAGAAGCACCAGAGGAUUCAAUAACAACCCCCAAGCCACACAAUACCAACAAACGUCUACGUCCACUUUCCCAGACACGAUCCUAUCACAGUAUCUUCUCCUCUAUAAGAGGCUCAGUCAGGAAUGUGCUGAACAGAGGCUCAACAAGAGGAGCAGAGAGAGAACAUGAAGAAAAAGAAGAUGACAAAAUACCUACAACCCCAUCUCCUGUGGCAGAAACAACCACAGUUGUGCCAGAGACAAAAGAUAUGGACAACGAUGUAUCCCCUUUAUCUGAGGAGGAAACAGAUUAUGGGGAAGAGCACCUGACUACCAAAACACCCAGCCUAAAGGUUUUGACACCCUCCACAACUAAGCGUCCUUAUCGCCCUAAUAGAAGGCCAAUCAAGAUCAGGGUCCAUCAAAAGACUGGAUCUAAGAAUACUUCUCCUGUGUCAUCCACUGGUUCAACCUCAUCAUCUUCAACUUCAUCCUCAUCAUCCUCUGCUACUUCCUCAGUUUCCUCCCCUGCUAAGAACCUUUUUUCUUCCUCCAAAUCAUCAUUAUCAUCACCUGCUGAAUCUUCAUUAAUACCUUCCUCACAUAUUCAAGAGUCAGCACCAAGUGGAAAGGACAAUGCAGACUCUACAAACCAUGAAACCAAAAAUAUAGACACAAAACCAGACCCAACUUCAUCUAGAGACAGUUUAACACAAAGAAAAUCCUUGAUCACUGUCAAUGUACAGAACACAGAGACUACACUGACUGGUACUGGCUCUUCCAUGGUAGAGCGUAGCAGUAAUGCUGGCUCUCGUUUUGGUUUAAGGUAUGGUUUUGGUCGACGACAACCCGGAACUUUGUUUCGAGGGAAUUUGACUCAAUUGCCAAAUGGUAAUAAACCAGCUCUGACCAGUCAGUUUAAUCUACCAAGCCGAAGUCAGAGCCACGUUAGAUCAAGCACACAUAGUUCAGAAAAAACCCAAUCAACGUUAACAGAAAGAAAUCAGAACCAUGAAACAUUAAAUCCUUCCAAUCCAAAAUUAUCCAGAUCUACUUCAGGAACAACACUGGAAAGUCAAACAUCAGUUUCAUCAGUUUUUGAUCAAUCAAAACUCUCAUCAGAGCCAAGGUCUCAUGGUUCUAAACCUUUGCACAGCAGUCAUGCAUCCACAUCACAGAGUAGUCCAAUCCACAAUUUAAAUGUAGAUAUAUCAAGUUCUUCUCAAUCAGUUUCACAAAGACUACCUCAAAGUUCAUCAACUUCACAAAACAGCCAAACAUUACAGGCUUCAGACAGAUCCUCUAGUCAAGACACUUCUUUUAGCAAAAGAACUGAUAACAUUGAUCACAUUAAUAUAGAUGAUAUAAAAAGUAAGGCUGAGGAGUCAACUUUAAACUCCAGAGCUCAAAUCACACAGGAAAUUAAGAAAGAAGAAAAACAAGUCGAAAGUACAAAUAAAAAACCUGUGGCUCCUCGUACAAGAAUUAGCUCUUCAUUUGCUGAAAGACUCCCUUGGCUAGCAAGUCGUUAUCCAGGCAAGUUCACCUCAAGUACCAGGACUUCAUCUCCCAGACAAGAUGCCAGGACAUAUUUGACCCAGGUAUCAUCAUCUGUUGGUGCUGGCAGACCACUCUUAAGAGAGACACCAACUAGGGUUUCUGGGGCUGCAGGUGCUUCAGGAGUUUCUUUAAAGCAGGAGACCGCUAAAGAUCUCAAGACCACAUCCAGACCUGAUUCACCAAAGAACAGUGUUGUGCUGAGCCCUGUAAAACCUUCUUUGCCAAAUCAACAUGUGGCUUUCAGUGACACUAGAAAUCCAACUACAGUAUCUUCCUCUGAAAUGUUAACUUCUGCAAGUUCUGGCUACCUCUCAUUUCAAAAAUCAAGUGCGCUCACAGACUCCAGUGAGGCCACCCAUAAAGAAAUAUCUAAGAGUAUGGAUAAGAAGAUGGACAAUGUUGAUACAUUGAGUACAGAAAGGAAUGGGAAACUUGCAGAUUCAACAGCUGGCCAGACAAAUUCUGCAUCUCCAUCUGUCUCCAGACAUUCAGAAAAAAAUGAGGGUGAGGCUGCAAAACAAACUUUGUCCAGAACAAGGCCCAGCACUUCUUCUGGAAUAAGUCCAAGUAUCCGUCAUCCUGGCGUUGGAAUGAAUGGGCGGGUACGGUCUUCUCUAUUAGCUAACAGACAGCUUGGUGGAUCAAGGCAACCUGUCAGACCACAGCUAGUGCAGAACUCUCGGCUUGGUGGGUCAACAUCAGAAACAUCUCCAACUUCUUCCUUAAGUAUGCCCAAGCCAGUCCUAACCUCUGCCAGCGACACUGAUAGUGGGGCUACUGUGAAAAAGACAGAAUUAAUUGGUGGAAACACUCAUUCCACAGCGUCUUUACCUUCAUCCAGAGACAGCUUUAGGAGUCAAGGGGGUAGGCCUCGCUAUCCCAUACUUAGAGGGAAACCUAUGAAUGGAGGACGAUUCAGUCCUGGCAAUGGAAAUGGUAAAAAUGGAAAGCCCAACCUGACAGCAACAAAUGAAAAGGACACACCUUCUUCUCAUGGAAGCAGUAAAGCUGUUGGACACAAGUUCAUCACUGGGCCUGAUGGAACCAAAUGGGUGGUUGACUUGGAGAAAGGUGUUCUCAUGAACCAAGAUGGACAGGUUCUUCAGGACUCACAAGGCAAACCCAAGAGAGUUGUCGUUGGAGAGGAUGGACGUACCAUUUUUGACCAUAUGGGUAGCCCCCUCAUAAGCCAAGAAGGUAUUGCUUUGUUUGGUCAUGGCAGAGAUAGCCAGCCAGUGGUCAACCCCAAGGACAAGGUCCUCAUGGUUGGAGGAAAACCGGUUCUUGGUUUGGAUGUGCCUCUACCCAGAACUUCCACCACCACCCGUACUAUGAUUCCCACUACCACCUUAGAACCAACCACCACGGAUUGGACCACAGAAGAUUUUAGCACUGCACUGCCCUACCCAACCUGUCCACCGGGAACCUUCUCCAAAACAGAUGAAUUUGGAUAUCCAGUUCUUGAUCCAGAGGGAAUUUUGGACUGUUAUCCUGAAGAGGAAUCCUCAGGGAUGGAAAUGGACCCUAUGCUUACAGUGGCCAUGGUGCCUGAUGCUUUAAGUCUUGAAAAAGAUGAACUGUUGGUGCAGACCACCUUACCACCAACUACCACUACCAUUGCCACAACUACUACCACUACUACAGCGAUUCCAACUAUAGAGGCCAGGCUGUCCAACAGAGGUCCUUUAUCUGAGUUUGAUCUCAGUGGGAAGAAGCGCUUCACAGCUUCUUAUGUGAACUACGUCCAGAAGGACCCAGGUGCACCUUGCUCUUUAACGGAGGCACUGGAGUACCUUCAGGUGGAUGUCCUGGAAAACUUGAUGGAGAAGGACAGCAUGGCAGUCAAUCAGAACCAGCCUCCAAGACACAAACCUCAAAACUUCACGGUGGUGGCAAUGGAAGGCUGUCACUCUUUUAUUAUCCUGGACUGGGCCAGACCUCUGAAAGAUGACAUGGUGUCAGGCUACAUGGUCCACAGUGCUUCUUAUGAUGACAUCCUCAAGAAUAGGUGGUCCUCCAGAGCCUCCAAUGGGACCCACCUACCUGUGGAAAAUCUCAAGCCCAACUCCAGGUACUACUUCAAAGUGCAGGCCAAGAAUGUGUUCGGUUUGGGGCCCUUCAGCGAGACGCUCACCUAUGUCACAGAGUCAGAUGAUCCUCUUCUCAUUGACAGGCCACCCGGUGGAGAACCAAUCUGGAUUCCUUUUAGCUUCAAGUAUAACCCAGUCCACAGUAGCUGUAAGGGCAGUCAGUUUGUGAAGCGGACGUGGUACAGAAAGUUUGUGGGUGUCGUUCUGUGUAAUUCUCUACGUUACAAGAUCUUUAUGGGAGACGGUCUGAAAGAGCCUUUUUACAGUAUAGGAGAUACAAUGGGCCAAGGUGAGGACCACUGCCAGUUUGUGGACUCCCACAGAGAUGGAAGAACAGGGCCAACCUACCUCUCAGAAAAUCUGCCCUCAGCACAAGGAUAUUACCGCGCCUACAGACAGGAGCCAGUUACCUUUGGAGUCAUUGGCCGGCGUACAUCCCAUCCAUUCGUGGGCUGGUAUGAAUGCGGGGUUCCCAUCCCUGGAAAGUGGUAACUAACUCUGCUUGAAGACAAGGGGCCGGAGCUCUGCAUCCUGCUGCAGGCUUUCACCUGCUGGUCUUGUCCAUUAAAAACAGACUUUUACCUACAAGCACAAAAACACCACUAUAAAUUAAAUAUUGCUUCAGAGAAAAAAAAAAAAAACAGUACUUUUAAACAGCUAAAUAUAUACCAUUAUGAUGCACUUUUUAUGUAAAGCAGUCUGUAUAUGAGGGGAAAAAGCUUGCUCUUGCUUAGCUUAACUAUUAUUACAAAGUGUUCUUGUAUUAUUAACAAAGACAGAUCCUUACCCAGUGUUAUUUAUCUUAUUCAUAACAGACCCACAUGUGGUGAAUCCAGUGACACUGGACCUGAAUAGAAACUACAAGAUAAACUGUACAAAUGAGCACUAGAGAUGUGUAUAGGUCUGUUCAUUUUCAUCUAUGGUAUUUGUAUUGCAUAUUGUUGUGAUGUUUUUGUCUAUUCAUGUUCCACACCCAUCAUACUGUUUUUAAUACCUUCUUUGAAAAUUUAAAUAUUGCUAUGUAAGUUUUAUAUGUAUACAGACAAAGAAUAAAAUACUUAAUAUGUGCUCAGGAAAUGCGAGAGGUUAAAUAAAGGUGCUAAUAAAAACAAAUGCAAUCCAAACACAUCAGUCAUAUUAUGCUUCCUCUGCUGCAAAAUUCACAAACAUUGCACACAUCUACUUUCACAACAUGAUAAAUGUAUGAGAACGAGAUGAAGUGCAGAAGAAACUGGCAGAAUAUCAUGUUUCAAAACGUUAUGAACUAAGAGAUGCAACUGCUGUUCUUUACGUGACCACUAGAGGUUGUCUCUUAAGUCUAGUUGAUCAGAAAUUCCAAUAUGGUCAUCAAAUCUCCAAAAUGUGUCAAAAGCUUUAGAAACUAACCGUUUAUACCUAUGUAAUCCUGGCGGUUUGUAUCUCAAUAAAUCCUUCAGACACAUACAA